GCCUGUGUGUGUGUGUGGGCGUGUUCCUCCUUUUCUCUGGUAGUGGAUACCGGCAUUAAGGAUACUUCUCUCUCCAGCUGUAUACUGAGUUGAUGUUAUUAUCAGGACACACCGCUUCACACUGCUAAAGAGACUUCUGGAUGUUUACGACCCCGUUGUUGUUCGGAGAGGAUUUGCGGUCCUGCAGUCGACUGCUUUUGUUUGCAGAGACUCAGCUGGACAAUUCCCAUCAAAGAGUUUGUUUUUUAUUAGGGGGGAGGCUUUCAUUUGCUUACCCGGAGUGUUCGCAUCACCAAUCUGCUGGACUGGCUGAACUUGGGAGGAUUUUGUGUUUCCGCACAUCCUGUGUGAACUCUCUCUGCAUCCAGGUGCUCCACUGUAUGGGACCAGGGGACCCCUGCUGGGAUCAAUACCAGUGAGAACACUGUUUAUGCUGCAAACUCGGUGUCCUGUCCUGCCCAGGCUCCUAAGUGUGAUAAGUUACCCCCGCCAGCAAGCUCUGGACAGAAGAAAAUAAAACGGGUUGGUUUUCGGACAUUUUUGCAUCUCUCGAGGAUUCCAACUCCAUUCUCAGUCCUUUCCCGGUUUUCCAGAGUUUUCCGGAGAUGACGGGAAAGCGGAACUGACCUGCUCUCGGACCUCGCAGCUCAAACAUGAACUCUUCCUCCUCCUCUUGGGUGAACCAGAGCAGCUCUCCCUUCUGCCUGCUGGGCGCGGCGGGCUACUCCCGCACGCUGGACACCUGCGUCCUCGAGGCGGUCGUCAUCCUCCUCCUCACCGUCCUCAUCAUCGCCGGCAACCUGGUGGUGAUCUUCGUCUUCCACUGCGCCCCCCUGCUCCACCACCACACCACCAGCCACUUCAUCCAGACCAUGGCCUACGCCGACCUCAUGGUGGGCGUCAGCUGCCUGGUGCCCUCCUUCUCCCUGCUGGGCUACCUGCGAGGCCUGGACGAGGAGCUCACCUGCAAGCUCUUCGGCUACACGGUCUCGGUGCUGAAAAGCGUCUCCAUGGCGUCGCUGGCGUGCAUCAGCGUGGACCGCUACAUCGCCAUCACGCGCCCGCUCUCCUACGCCACCCUGGUGACGCCGUGCCGCCUGCGGGCGUGCAUCGCCCUCGUGUGGCUCUACUCGGCCCUCGUCUUCCUGCCGUCCUUCUUCGGCUGGGGGAAGCCCGGCUACCACGGCGACAUCUUCCGCUGGUGCGCCGCCUCUUGGCCGACCGACCCGGGCUUCAGCGCGUUCAUCGCGGCGCUGCUGUACGCGCCCGCCGCCCUCACCGUCUGCUUCACCUACGGCAGCAUCUUCCGCAUCUGCCGGCAGCACACGCGCGAGAUCACGCGGCGCCACGCCCGCUUCGGCCCGCAGGAGGGCGAGCGGGGCGAGCGCGGCGAGGGCUGCCCCGACAAGCGCUACGCCAUGGUGCUGUUCCGCAUCACCAGCGUCUUCUACAUCCUGUGGAUGCCGUACAUCCUGUACUUCCUGCUGGAGAGCGCCGGCCUCUACCGCCACCUGGUGGCCUCCUUCCUCACGACAUGGCUGGCCAUCAGCAACAGCUUCUGCAACUGCCUCAUCUACAGUCUGUCCAACAGCGUGUUCCGGAAGGGCCUCGGGGGCCUGUUCAGGCCGGUCUGCACCCCGUGUUUGGGCUGCGUGGAGGGGCUGAAACACCCCAAACCCUCCAGCCAACGCCCAGUUCCUUCAUGCCAGGUGUAA